UGACGGUCUGCUGCAGUGAUCCCUUCAUCCCACAGUUUGAUGGUGUCGGUCAAAGACAUGCUGAGCCCGGCCGUUUGGUGUGAAAUAGAAGGAUGUCUGAGGUUGUGACUGUUUUUGGUGCUGACAAGUGCCAAGGGAAAGCUAUAGCCACCGCCUUGCUCCAAGAUGGUGAUUUCACAGUGCGGGCUGUAGUUCAAGAGUUAACCUCUCCCACUGCUCAGGAACUGCAGACAGCAGGGGCACACCCAUUACUGGUAGACUUCAACAACCCUGACAGCAUCAGCGCCACUUUGUGUGGUGCACACAAGUGCUUUGUCAUCACCCACACAGAUUUCAACAACAAGGAUUCUCUGAGGGCUGAAGUUCAGCAGGGCCACAGGAUAGCUGACAUAUGUAAACAGCACAACAUUAGGCAGAUUGUGCUUAGUGGAGCUCAUCAUGUUCACAGGAAAUACGGUCUCCCAGCAAGACACAUGGAUGCAAAAGCAUGCAUCAAUGAUUACAUGAAUGAAAUUGGUUUGCCCAAGACGGAGAUUAUAGUUCCAUUUUACUUUGAAAGUUUUCUGACAACAUUCAAACCAAACCCAGUUGGAAAUAACACUUACAAAAUUGUCAUUCCUAUGGGAGAAACAGCCAUGGAUGGAAUAAGUAUCAACCAGAUUGGUCCAAUUGUGACAGCCUUGUUUAAAAGCCCACAGCGUUGGAUUGGAAAGAGCUGCUUUCUGUCAGCAGGCAGGCUGAAGAUCCAGGAAUAUGCACAAAUUCUCACACACCACCUAUAUCCCAAACAAUUUAAAGAUUCCCGGAUUUCAGUCCGAGAGUUUGUGGAGUUCUUUGGAGGACCAGGAGCUGAGGACCUUGGGAAUAUGUUUGAAUUUUGGAAGCGUGGUGGACAGAAAAUGAACUAUGCUUUGACUCUGGAGCUGUAUCCAGAGUUACAACAAUUCCAACAGUGGGUUUCAGCUAACAGUACCUUACUCAGGACUGCUCUGGAUAAUGAACAGUCAGAAUUGACAGACAGAUGAAUGCAUGCGAAUAGAGAGUAACUGCUGUUCCUAAAUCUUUUACAGAAAAUUUAGCAAAUUAGUAACACUAGGAAAUUUGCAAUAUCCUACUGGAGGAUGUAUCAUUGACCACAUUUAUCAAGUGUUGGUUCUCAGAAAUAAAAUGCAUUCUUUUGCGUUUAUGUGCAUAUUUAUUUUCUCUCUCUUUUCUCCCCAGCUCAUUGAGUCAAACUGUCCUUCAGAUUGCAAUUUGCUUUGGACCUCUGCCAAUGUCACUCUGAGCAGCCCAGAAGUGGUAUGGCUCCAAAAUCUCCUCAUCCCAUUUAUACAUUGCAGAAUUAGUAUCAGAGAGCCUUGAACCAGGACAGACCAAACUGUGGCUGAUGCAGCCAUAUUACAGGACAUUUGGUUCUCCUACAUCAGUUAGGUUCUGCCUUGACUGAAUCAGUGAGAAAAAUGUAAUACUUGCAAAUUAGGGCUACAACUGACUAAUCUCCACAUUCAUGUCUGUGGUUCUGCUGCUGAUUUUAACAUAUUUUUGCACUAUCUUCCAUAUAUAGAUGUGAAGAUAAAACCUCAGCCACAAAGGGCUAAUGUCUGCAUGUGAUGUAAGAAGUAGUAAUUUGUAAAAGCAAGAAGUACUGUAUAUAACAAAUAUAAAACUAUUUUAAUUUUCAGCCAUCAAGCAAACUUAGUAUUUUAAAUUAAAUUUCACCAUUAACCAGUUAGUAAGAGUUAAUUUUAUAGUUUUCCAGUAAUUCUCCAGCAUUGUGGUUAUGAGCUGUUGAAAUGUAACUUCCUGUUUUGAAACUGAAGUUUUUUUAUAAAAUGCUAUAAGUUCAGUAUUGUGUGCCUUUUACAGCGAACUGCAGGUCUCUCUUAGAGGAGAAAGUGAGGUCUGCAGAUGCUGGAGAUCAAAGUUGAAACUUUAUUGCUGG